AUGGCGAGGAGAUACUCACAAGCAGAGAAAGGGAAAGCGCUAGUCCCACCGGCGGAUCCGCCACGCUCCGGAAGAGUCAAAGUUCCCGACUUUGAUAACUCAGAUCUAGUGAAGAAGCAUGCUCUAACGGUGAUAGGAAGAAUCACUAACCCAAAGAUCCAGAGAAUGUGGUCGCUCAUCCCUUUCUUCACCGAGCACUGGAAGACAAGUUCACCUGCAAUAGGCGCAGACUUAGGUCAUGGCAAAUUUCAAUUCCAAUUCGCAUCAAAAGAGGACAUGCAGUUGGUCCUAGAUAACAGGCCUUACCAUUAUGCGCAUUGGAUGGUCAUUCUCCAAAAAUGGGAACCAACAGUCUCGUCUACCUUCCCUUCUCAAAUACCGUUCUCGAUAAAAGUUCAGGAGGCUCACGCCAAGAUGAAAGUUCACGUUAAUGGACUCCUCCCGCUACUAAACGUUUACACGCUGGACUUCGCCAACGGAGAUGAAGUGGAAGCAUCGUUAGUGUACGAGAAAUUGGAGAAACACUGUGCGAAAUGUGGCAUGCUCGACCACGAGGAAGUGGAAUGCCCCAAAAACCAGGCGAUUCAGGCCCCGAUUAAGGAAUUUUUGCCGCCUCCACCAAGCCGUAGGGAGACUCCCUCCUCCCGUCCUAGCAGAGACUCCUCAAGAACAGUCUCAGAGAGGCAGAGAGCUGAAAUCAGAAACAAGGAAAACUGGAGGAUGAGCUCAAAGGCAAGAUUAAGCAGUAGAUAUCAGGCUAUCUACAAUGAAGGCCCAGACAAAGAUAUAUGGUCCUAUGAUUCAAGGAGUCGAAACACUUACCGGGGAAAAGAAAGGAACCCGUCCUAUAGAUCUGGAUCUAGGACUAACCCUCCUCCUUACGAGCCGUAUGGAGACAACGCUCCCCGUUGGGUGGAAACAGGUUGCAGAGUUGCUAACUCGGUUUUGGCAGACUCUACAAGCAGAAACAGAGUGAAAGAAGGGAGGAAUCAAAGCGCCACUCACUCAGAGCGUCUCAUUCCCACCAUCAGUGACCUCCCAGUUGAAGCUCUAACAGAAGCACGAGAAGAAGUAAGAGAAGUGAUGGCUCAAUACACAAUCUGUGCGGAUCCUACUGAAAGUGCGGCUCGCAAAGAGAGAAUGAGGUUAGCAGAGGAGAAUGGAGAAUUCGAACAAACAGCAAUACAGAUGGUUAUACAUUCCAUCCGAAACCAUCAACAACGCACUGCAGAAAGAGAAGAGGAGAAAAAUUUGGAACCUCUGAUGCAUGAAAGAGUCCCAGCUACUCUCUGGCUUGGACCAGUGCUCACGGACAUUCCUAUAGAAGAGGAACCAUCAAGAGUGCCUGCAAAAAAGAGAUUGGGACGACCACCAAAUAAAAAGAAAGUCAUUGCAAAUUCUCCACCACUUACAAAGAAAAGAAGAAUGACACAAGUUGCAAGCUCACCAAAGAGAAGACUUUUGCUAGGAAGUACUUCAAAGAAAUCAAACGCUAAAGCUCCAACAAAGGCAAAAGGGCAACCGUCAUGUUCCAUAAUACCUGCUAUUUCAAAGCAGAGGAUGGGUUUUCAAAAUCCAUCCAGUCAUCUCCCUUAA